AUGAACUACCGAGAGUUUCUUGCUUGUCAUAUCAUUCUCUGGGCUAAUGUUAAUUCCAUCUCUUUGCCGCUCAAAAUCGUCAAGAGUGAACCCAUUGCGGAAAUGUCAGCGACCACAACCGCAAAUCCAGUAUCUGGCGCCGUCCUCAAUAUUCUUAAGGACUAUGAUAUCCAUCAUGGUAAUCCAGAGAACCCAGGAACCCCAGAGCCACCGAAUUCACAAAGAGACACUCCCAAACCCAUUCUAAACCCGGAGCACUGGGACAACGAACAUCGACGUGUCCCACCAUACAAGCCUAUCGACAAGAGAAAGCGCGGCCCUGAAAGGCCAGACGGCUCCAACCCAAUAGAGGUAGCCUUUAUCUUUCUGAUGUUGAAUGGGUGUGGUCUGAUCGGGCGAGGGAAUUCUGCGUGGAGAGCCACGGGCGGGAAGCUGAAUGCUCACAUUUUCAGAUAUAAGAUUGGAGGCGAAUGGUAA